GAGCCCCGGUGGUGUCGGUCUCCAGCAGCCCUGCUGCUCCGCCGGUGGCUGUGAAGGAACCUUCCUCCACCCCCCCUCCAGUUUCAGCAGUCAGCUCCACCGCUACCCCUGUGGCCGUCUCUGAGCCCGCCCCCGUGGUGUCUGCUGGUGGCCCCCCCGCAGUACUGUUGGUGGGGGCCAGCGAAGGGGUCCCCCAGCUCCCUGCACCACCUACGACUGUCUCUGAAUCAGCGCUCCUCCUCAAAGCAGUGGCAUCGACGCCUCAACAAACCCCCCCCUCAGACUCAGCACAGGAGAAGAAAUCUGUGGAAGAGGCACCUUCAGGCAGAACGAGGAGGACGAGGAGAGCCACUUAUAAGACUGAAGAAGCUUCCACUGACAACAGCGUCGAAGAGAAGAAAAGCAAGUCAAGUGGAGAGCCGGGAAAAAGGCUUAAAAGAAAAGAGACAGCAACGCGGUUUCCCUGUGAACAUUGUGACGCAGGUUUUAAUUGGAAAGGUGAAUUAAAGAAACACAUGAAGGUCCACAAGAAGCCUUCCCUUGCGAGCAGUGUGGCAGGAGCUUCCUCGAAAAGAAGUCUCUGGAAAAUCACCUUUUGCGCCACGAGGCAAGCAAAGCCCCCCUGCCCUUCCCCUGCCCUCAGUGUAAGAGGUCGUACCGGAGAGAGGAGUCGCUCCAGAACCACCUCAAGCAUCACGAGCGCUCCAAAACCGCCCAAACCCUUCGCCUGCGAUCAGUGUGGCAAAACAUUCCGAAUCCAGCGCUCUCUGGAGAACCACCUGCUGCGCCACGACAAAUGGAAGCAGAUGUUGAAGUGCCAUCUUUGUGACAAGACGUGCAAGACAUCGGUCCAGCUGAGGUGUCACAUGGCCGUGCACUCCGAGGAGAGACCGUUCAGCUGCGCCACCUGCGGGAAGGAGUUCAAGAGCAAAGACACCCUCCGCUUCCACCAGAUGGUUCACUCCAACUCUAAAAAAUACAAGUGCACAAUGUGCGAGGAGACAUUCAAAUACGCCCACUCCCUGACUGUGCAUAAGAGGAAACACACAGGCGUCACCCCGUUCACAUGCACCGUGUGCAACAGGUCCUACAGGACGGGCACGGCUCUGAAGAGACACAGCGUGGUCCACACCGGGGAGAAGCCCUUCACCUGUCACAUCUGUGGAGCCAGGUUCAGCCUGAACAACAACCUGAAGAGGCACCUGCGCAUCCACACCGGGGAGAAGCCCUUCACCUGCUCCGAGUGCGGGAAGAGCUUCUCCGACAACAACAAGCUCAAGGCCCACAUGCUCAUCCACGGAGCCAGGAAGCCUUUCAUGUGCGAUCUGUGCGGGAAGACAUUCCUCUUCAACUGCCGGCUGCUGAUCCAUCAGAAGUACGUGCACGCUGACAGGAACGAGGACACGGACAGCACGCAAAGGUUUCUGCAGAAUAGAAAGAGAAACAAGUCCUUGAUUAAACCAUUCAGCUGCAAAGUAUGUCUCAGAGGUUUCAGCGCUGCGUGUUCCCUCAAACUCCACGAGAGAGGCCACAGCGAGAACAAGGAGUUCAACUGCGGCAUUUGUGGGAAGGCUUUCCACAACAAGUACUCUUUCGGGUAUCACCAGAGAAGCCACGCGGGGGAGAAGCCCUUCGUCUGUGACGUGUGCGGGAAGAGGUUUUUCCACACUGGCAGCCUGAAGCAGCACGAGCGGAUUCACACGGGCGAGAAGCCGUACAAAUGCGACCAGUGCGACAAGACCUUCAGAACAGACGGAAACUUCUACAGGCACUUGCGGAUCCACACGGGCGAGAAGCAGUUUGAAUGUUUCUACUGUCACAAGAAGUUCCACCAGUCCAACCAGCUCAAGUCCCACAUGCAGGUCCACACCGGGGAGAAGCUGUACUCCUGCCAGCAGUGUGAACGCGGCUUCUCCGAUUCAAGGCAGCUCAAGAAGCACAGCUGUGACGGGUCCUAGAGGAGGGAUGGGGAACAAUCUGGAAGAACGCUUGACUGAGUAACACAUGGGUUAAUAUAAUAUAUUCACAAAUGAACAGCCAUUUGUUGUGUAAUGGAACUGAGAUGACUUGGCCCAGUGCAUUUAUGCUCAAUUAUUGCUUUACAAAAAACAUCUUUAAAAUCCGUUUUUGGAGCUUUUACAAUUCGAUGAAUCAACAUGAAAAAUUUAUUAGGGAGACAUGCCAAAAGAUUCAUAAGAGAGCUUCAUAGUAGCAAAGGGAUGCUUGGUUUAUUAUAAACUGAAUGCUUUUGUCUGUUGAUCCACUUAAGUGUUUAACACUUCAGCGUUACUCAUGUUUCAUUACCCUUAAUAUGCUAAAGUUAAGGGAUUAAUCUAAAGUCAUUAAAACAGUUAAUGAGAGUUAAUGUACUGGCAACUCUACUUUCAUUCAGAGAUUUACAGUAUAGGUUGGCUGCAUUAUUUUUGGCAUUAUUAGUUUUAAGAAACUUGUGUUUGACCGGUAUAAAAACACAAAGAUAAACUAUGAAACCACAAAUAUAGGUUUUGAGUUUGGAGAUGAUUUAAAGGUAUUUUAGACGGAAAACACCGCUUCAGAAUUUCAAGUGUGUUUUAGGACUUAGAGUUAUUUUCAGCAGCUGAAAUUGUUUAUUUUCUCCAGUUGAGUGCAUUUUUGAAUGACUUUCUGUUUUUUAAAAGAUUUCUAUAAUUUAUGUUUUGUUCAUCAAAUGAAAAUCCAUACAAUGACGUUAGAUGUGUUUUAUUUUUCAAACAAAAACAACACAUUGUAAAAUGACAGGCUUAUGUCAAUGGCAGUGUGUAUAUUCUUUUUGUUUGUUAUUGCAUUAAAAGAACAUUUGCAAUUGAA